AUGAUAGCGACAGGAACGAUGCUUCUUGCAUAUCUUCAACAUACCUGCGGAAUGUUUAAUAUCGCCAGUUACCGUAUUGAACAAGCAAUCAACAUUUUACAAAAAGAUGACUUAAAGAAUGAGAGCAAAAUUUAUAAGGAAAUAAUUUAUGCUGUAGAUAUUCAUCGCAGAGCUAUGGAGUUCACUGACUUUUUAAUAUCAAAUUUUGAGGGAUCAUUUUUCUUCUUAAUAGCAAUUGGCGUAACUUGUCUUAGUCUUAAUCUUCUUCAGGCUGCAUCGUAUCGUGAUAAUAUUGAGCAACUUAUACUACCUCUUUUAAUUAUAAUCAUCCUUUACGUAUACUUAUUCGUAUCCAACUGGACUGCGCAAGAAAUUACGGAUCAUAAUGAAUACGUAUUUGCCACAGUAUACAACGUUCAAUGGUACAUAGCUCCGUUACAUAUACAGAAAAUGAUGUUAUUUCUAUUGCAAAGGGGUACUAAGGCUUUUCAUAUGAUUCUUGGUGGAAUAUUCGUGGCGUCUUUGGAAAGUGCCGCUGCGCUGAUGAGUACUUCAAUAUCAUAUUUCACUGUUCUCUAUUCUACAAAAACUUGA